AAAAGCAAACAAGCCGAUCAAAAAAUGGGCAGAAGAUAUGAACAGUCAUUUUUCCAAAGGAGAUAUACAGAUGGUCAAUAGGCGCAUGAGAAGAUUUUCAACAGCACCAAUCAUCAGUGAAAUGCAAAUCAAAACUACAUUGAGAUCUCACCUUACGCUCUUUAGAAUCGCUGUAAUCAUUAAGACAAAAAAUACCAAAUGUUGGAGAGGGUAUGGAGAAAAGAGAACCGUCAUCCGUUGCUGGUGGGAAUGCAAACUGGUGCAGCCAGUAUGGAAAACAUUAUGGAGAUUUCUCAAAAAAUUAAAAAUCAAAAUACCAUAUGAUCCAGUUCUUCCACUACUGGGCCUUCAUCCGACAAACUUGAAAUCAACAAUUCAAAGAAACUUAUGCACUCCUAUGUUCAUUGCAGCAUUAUUCACAAUAGCCAAGACAUGAAUGCAACCCAAAUUCCCAUUGAGUGAGGAGUGAAUAAAGAUGAUGUAGUAUAUCUAUACCAUGGAAUACUACUUAGCCAUAAAAAAGACAAAACUGUCCCAGUUGCAAAAACAUGAAUGGAUCUUGCAAGUAUUCUGUUAAUAAAGAUAAGCCAGACAAAGACACAUAACUGUAUGGUUUCACUCAUAUGUGGAAGAUAAAUACAUGAACAAAGAGAACGGAUUCGUGGUUACCAGAGGGAAACGAGGUUGGGGGGUAGGCAUAAGGGAUAAAGGGGCACAUACAUACGGUGACUGACAAAUAAUAAUGUAACUGACAUUUUACAGUGUUGUAAAUUUAUUUUGACCUCAGCAAUACAUACAUACAUACACACACACAUACAUACAUAGAUACAUACAUCUCCAAACCCAAGAUCAUCUAGAUUUUCUCCUAUGUUAUUUUUUGAAGUUUAUUCCUUUGGCAUUUUACAUUUAGGUGUGUGAUAUGUUUUGACUUAAUUUUUGGGAAAGAUCUAAGACUGGUGUGGACCUUCAUUUGUGUGUGUGUGUAUGUUUGCAUGUGGAUAUCCAUUAUUUCCACCACUGUUUAAAAGACUUUUUAAAUUGUUGUUUAAAAGACUUUUUCAUUUGAAUUGCCUUUCCUUCCAUGUUGAAGAUCAGUUGCCUCUAUUUGAGUGGGCCUAUAUGGAAAGGAAUUGACUCACAUAUUCUUCAGCCUUGCUUUACUCACUUAGAAAUUCCAGGAAUGAUUUCUGUUGUGAAUUUUUCAGAUGUUACACAGACAAUCAUGUCCUGUGGAACAGAUGUUAGAAAUUUAGCUACAGAUUUUGUGAAGGUGUUCUUUCUCAAGAAGAAGUUCCCCUCUAUUAUUAGUUUCUUAUAAAUGGAUGUUGGAUUUUAUCAAAUCCUCUUUUAUUUUCAUUUCCUUCUUCUUUCAUUUCUGAUGUUAGUAUUUAUGUAUGUAUGUGUUUAAAGAUUGGUACCUGAGCUUGAUGUUACUAAUUUCUGUCUUCUGUCUUUAUCUUCACUAGAGGCUUAUCAAUUUUAUUAGUCUUGUGAAACAACCAGUUUUUUGGUUUAAUUUUCUCCAUUGAUUUCUGAUAGUGACAGUUGAUUUCUGUUUUAUUAUUUCUUUAUUGUGCUUGCUUUUGGUUUCAUUUGCUUGUCUUUCCAUUGUUUCCUAAGAUACACACUUACAUUAUUGAUUACAGAUCUUUGGUUUUUCCAAGUGUAUUUGUUGGAAGAUGUAAAUUUCCCUCUAGGCACUGCUUUUGCUGCGUCCAAGAACCUUUGGCAUGUUGUGUUUUUAUUUCAUUUGUUUCAAAAUAAGAUUUUAUUUGUCUUGAGACUUCUUCUUUGAUCCUAUGUAUUAUGUAGAAGUGUGUUGUUGAAUGCCCAGACAUUUUGGUGUUUUCCUUCUACGUUGCUGUUAUUGACUUCUAGAUUGAUGGCUAUGUUGUGUGAGAGCUUAUUUUGUAUGAUGUCUGUUUGUCAAAUUUGUUAAUUUGUGCUUUAUGUCCCAGAGUGUGGUUUGUGUUGGUUAAUGUUCCAUGUGAACCUGAGAAUAAUGUAUAUUCUUCUACUGUUGCAUGAAGUAGUCCCUAGAUUGUAAUGAAAUUCAGUUGUUUCACAAAUGCUGUUCAGUUCACCUCUCCUUCCUCAUUUCCUGCCUACUGGAAUUUAUAUUUCAUGAUAAAGGGGUGUUGAAUUCAGCUGUAGUACUGGAUUCAUCUGUUUCUCCUUGCAUUCUAUCAGUUCUUGCCUCAUGUAUUUUGCCCCUCUGCUGUUAUGCAGGUCCACAUGAACGAUUGCUGUGCCUUCUUGGUGAAUGGACCCCUUUAUUAGUAUCUAAUGCCCCUCUCUGUCUCUGAAUUUUCCUUGGAUUAAAAUCUGCAUUGUCUAUAAUAUAAAUAUUUCAGCUGUCUUCUGAUUAGUGUUAGCAGGGUCUAUUUUUCUCCAUGGCUUUACCCUUCAUCUAUCUGUGUCUUUAGAAUUAAAAUGAGUUUCUUGUAGAGAACAUGUAAUUGUGUUUUUUGAAACCUGAUAUUACUGUGCCUUUCAAUUGUAUCAAGACAGUUGAUGAUUAAAGUUGUGAUUGAUGCAGUUGGAUUAAUAUUUAUCAAAGCUUUUAGUGUUUUCCAUUUUUACUUAUUUUUUCCCCUCUUUUUCUUCCACCUUUUACCUCCUCUGGCUGAUAUUGAGCAUUUACUUUGGUUCUUUUUUUCUCUUCUCUUAGCAUAUCAUUUACAGAUUUUUAAAAAACGUCUUUUAGUGGUUCCCCUUCAGUUUUCAACAUACAUUUACAACUAACCGACUUGUUCUGCCAGAUAACACUAUACUACUUCAUGCUGUGCAAGUACCGCUUAACACAGUUUCCACUUACCUGUGCCUUGUCACACUAGUGUCAUUUAUUUCACUUGUACAUAAGCUGCUCCUUCCCAAAUACCUUGUUGCUAAUAUUAUUUUAAGCAAAGUGACAUCUGUCAUAUAAAUUUGGGGAAUAUAUAUGACAUUUUACCUUCAUUCUUUCGUUUUCUGUUCCUCUAGCUUUCUCAUUUACAUUCUUUCUGAUAAAUUUUGAACAUUUCAUUCAAAGUAAGUGUACUCCUGAAAAUUUUUCUUAAUUUUUGUCUCAGAAAGUCCUUAUUUCUCCUUUAUUUAUGAAUUAUAAUUUUGCUUGACAGAGAAUUCUAGGAUAGGGUUUUUCUAUUUUCAGAAUUUUAAAUAUUUCGCUCUACUCUUUUCCUGCUUGCAUGGUGUUUGAAAAGAAGUCCAACUUAAUUUAUCUUUGUUUUUUAUACCUAAGGUGUCUUUCUUCUUUGCUAUUUCUCAGUGCAUUCUGUGUUUUUGAUUUUUCUGCAGUUUGAAUGUGAUUUCCUUGGGUGUGCACUUUUGUAGUUUAUCAAGUUUAGCAUUCUCUGAGUUUCCUGGAUGUAAAGUUUGCCAGCUAACAUUAGUUUUGUGAUAUUUUGGUUAUUAUUACUUCACUUACUUUUGUUUCUGUCUUUCUUUUUCUUCAGGUAUUCCUAUUAUGUGUAUUUUAAACUUUCUGUUAAAGAGGAUUGUCCUAGACUUCAUUCCCUCUUUUUUUGUUCGUUUUGGCUUUGCAUUAGACUGGUGUAAUAGAUUUUCUGUUUAGUGUAAGCAUUGUUAACAGCAGAAUAUCUGGGGCAUACUUUCAAAAUGCCAUCUUUUUUUCUCAUUCCUAAUUAUGUAGACAUUGGUUGGCCCUAUGACCUUAAGGCUCUCAUAAACCUGAGAAGACUUUUUCAUUUCAAAUUUGUUCACAUUCUUCUUGUGACAUGAAGGUUGACAGCUUCUAAGUUCCUUAAGAGCGGGAUGAGAAGUUAGCAAGGCAUCAUCUAGAGUGUGUGGUCAGGAAACACUUGCUCUUGAAGUUGGAGAAUGGAAAUUUUAUCUUCUUUUGGAGUUAAUCCUUCAUGUAUUUUAUAAUCAUGGCCAUAUUUACCAUGAAACUAUUUUGAACUCCUUGCAAUCUGUAGCUCUUAACCUACCCUCCAAGGCUAGCAGGCCUCAAGGUACCCUGUUACUGUUUGACCUGAAAGAGCUCUUAUGGCAUAUUGUUAUCUCACUAUGUGUUCUAAAAUUGGUGGGAAGUAGCUUUGAGGCAUGUGAAUGUAGGGAUUUCAUGGUCUACUUGUGUCUGAGCUCUAAGUUCCAAAUAACAUUUUAGCCCCAUCAGAUUAUAUAGACAGAGCAAGGAAGAACUGAGUUUAUGAUCAAUAUUACACAAGUUAAAAGUAAUGCUUCCCCCCAAGAAUACUUACAUUCAGCCUGCUGCCUCUGAUUACUUUUAAUGGCCUGGAGUACUUUAGGACAAUGUGGCCAGUUGGGCUUUGUUAAGUUUUGAUUUCUAUAGGCCGCCUCAACGCUCUAUUUGGUGAUGGGACUAGACAAGAAAGCCCCCCUUCUUCACUAUUUUUUUAUCCAUUGAAGCCUCACACAGAUUUGACCCUCUUCCUCAGGGAGUGCUGUGACUGGUGAGUAAUAAGGAAGAAUAUGGAAGAAUUAUUUAUUCUCACAAGGAAUUAUCAGCCUUAAAAGGAUAUUACUUUCAUUUGUAUAGCAUUUUGGUCAUUUCCCAGUAUACUCUGCACCCUGUCAUUUGAGAAAUACAAUAUAAUGUAAUCACAGUAAAAAUUCGUAAAUAAUUUCCAUGUGUCCAUGAUGGUGUUAAAUUAAUGAGGAUGUGUGUACAUAAAAAGAGUGUUUUGAUGAUUGUGACAUACAAUAAAUGUUUCAAGAUGACACAGUCAUAUGUAACCUUCCUACAAAUGGAGUGUAGGUCCCCACUGCUGUCUGUCUUAUGCUUCCUACUCUACAUAUAUUUGGGAUGUUUCAGGACUCAGUGGCUAUUGAAGAUGUGACUGUGAACUUCACCCCAGAGGAGUGGGCUUUACUGGAUCCUUCACAGAAGAAACUCUACAGAGAUGUGAUGUGGGAAACCUGCAGGAACCUGGCCUCAGUAGGAAAAACAUGGGAAAGUCGUUAUAUUGAAGAUCAGUACAAAAACUGGGGGAGAAAAUUAAGAAGUAAUAUGGUAAUGAGGCUCUGUGAAAGUGAAGAGGGCAGUCAAAGUGGAGAAAACUUCAGCCUUAUUCCAAAUCUCAAUCUGGACAAGAAAAUUGCAGGAGGAAAAGCAUGUGAAUGCAGUUCAUGUGGAAAAGGCUUCAUGCAUCAUUCAUCCCUUAAUAGACAUGUUAGAUGUCAUACUGAACACAAACCAUAUGAUCCUCAAAAACAUGGAGAGAAGCCGUAUAAAUCUAAGAAAUGUGAGAAAGCCUUCACUUUUCCCAGUUUUGUUCAAAUACAUGAAAGAACUCACCACACUCAGGAGAAACUCUGUGAAUCUAAAAAUUGCAGUAAAGCAUUCAUUUCUCCCAGUUUGCUUAAAAAAUAUAAAAGAAUUCAUACUGGAAAGAAACCCUUUGAAUGUAAAAUAUGUGGUAAAGCCUUCAGAUUUCCCAGUGAUGUUCGAGUACAUGAAAGGACUCAUACUGGAGAGAAACCUUAUGAAUGUAAAAUAUGUGGUAAAGCCUUCAGUUUUUCCUUUAGUGUUCAAGUACAUCAAAGAAUUCAUACUGGAGAGAAGCCCUAUAAAUGUAAGGAAUGUGGGAAAGCCUUUAUAACUCCCACAAGCCUUCGAGCACACAUGAUCUCUCACACUGGAGAUGGACCUUAUAAAUGUAAGGAAUGUGAGAAAUCAUUCAUUUCUCCCAGUAUAUUUCGAAUACAUGAAAGAACUCAUACUGGAGAGAAACCCUAUGAAUGUAAAGAAUGCAGUAAAGCCUUCAGUUGUACCAGUUCUCUUCGAAAACAUGAGAGAACUCAUACUGGAGCGAAACCUUAUGAAUGUAAAAUAUGUGGUAAAGCCUUCAGUUUUUCCAGUAAUUUUCAUGUGCAUGAAAGAACUCACACUGGAGAGAAACCUUUUGAAUGUAAAAAGUGUAAUAAAACAUUCAUUUCUCCCAGCUUACUUCAAAAACAUGAAAGAAUUCAUACUGGAGAGAAACCAUUUGAAUGUAAAAUGUGUGGAAAAGCCUUCAGGUUUUCCAAUUCUCUUCAAAUACAUGAAAGAACUCACACUGGAGAGAAACCCUAUGAAUGCAAAAAAUGCAGUAAAGCCUUCACUUCUUCCAGUUCUCUUCAAAACCAUGAAAGAACUCAUACUGGAGAGAAACCUUAUGAAUGUAAGAAAUGUAGUAAAGCAUUCACUUCUUCCAGUUCUCUUCGAGUACAUGAAAGAAAUCACACUGGAGAGAAACCCUAUGAAUGUAAAAAAUGCAGUAAAGCAUUCACUUCUUCCAGUUCUCUUCAAAUACAUGAAAGAAGUCACACUGGAGAGAAACCUUAUGAAUGUAAAGAAUGUGGUAAAGCCUUCAGUUGUACCAGUUCUCUUCGAAAACAUGAAAGAACUCACACUGGAGUGAAACCCUAUGAAUGUAAGAUAUGUGGUAAAGCCUUCAGUUUUUCCAGUAAUGUUCAUGUACAUGAAAGAACUCACACUGUAGAGAAACCUUAUGAAUGUAAAAAAUGCCGUAAAGCAUUCACUUCUUCUAAUUCUCUUCAAAUACAUGAAAGAACUCAUACUGGAGAGAAACCCUAUGAAUGUAAGAUAUGUGGUAAAGCAUUCAGAUUUUCCAGUAAUGUUCAAGUACAUGAAAGAACUCACACUGGAGAGAAACCGUAUGAAUGUAAAGAAUGCAGUAAAGCCUUCAGUUGUACUAGUUCUCUUCGAAAGCAUGAGAGAACUCAUACUGGAGGGAAACUCUAUGAAUGUAAAAAAAGGCAAUAAAGCAUGUAGUGUCCCCACUUCACUUCCAUGACAUGAAAGAAGUCACACUGGAGAGACAUGCUGUGAAUACCAGUAAAAUGGAAAUGCCUUUAUUUAUCAUGAAAACUUCCAGGGCUAUUCAAGAAUGCACACUAGAGGAAAAACCAUGUCAAUGUAAAGAAUGUCAGAAAGACUUUUGUCUUCCAGUUCUUUCUGAAGGCAUGAAAGGACUGACUUGAUAAAAAUUUCUUGAAAGUACACGGCGUGGGAAAGACCUCAAUUGGCCUACAUGCUUCUAUGUUACACUCCCACCAAAAAGAAAUAUAAAUGUAAGUAACAAGAGAAAGCUUCAUGGAAAUUAACUUGUAUAUAAUGUUCUAGAAAACUUUGAAUAUGAAAGAGUUCCUGUAAGUUUGUAAAUACGUUGUUUACCAAGCAUUUUUCUUAAAGUGCAACAUUCUAGUGUGGAUUUCUCUUAAUUAACUUCCUGAAAUGAAUAUUGAGGUGAGAUAAUUCUGCAAGUCAUCCUUCGUCAAUACUACAUAAGGCUUAAUAGGUGGUGCUUUCUUCUUAGAUCACCUAGUAAUAUUUUCUGUUUAAUUUUUGUAUAAUGUUUUAAUUGUUCUAUGUUCAGAGGCCAUUGAAAAAUGACAGUUUGGUGUUGUCGGGAUUCUUUUACUGGCCUUGUAUUACAGAUCCUGCAUAUGCCUGAUCCAUUGUAUGUAUUGUGCCUUUUUUAGAGACCAGUCCUUUUUUGGGAUGUUAGGUAUAGGAACCUAUUUUUAUUUUCCAUACUGUUGAUUAGUUGGAAUAAAUUUUUGUGUGUGGCAGUUUUCAAAGA